AUGAAGAAUAUUUCUUUGAUGCCUUCUGAUAUGAUGGAUAGAAUGUACACGAAUUUUACCGUCGAAGAGGCAGAUAUAAAGCCACCAAGUGAAGUAAUAUAUCUAAUCUGCAUUUGUUUAACCCUUGGGUUGAUGAUUUCUGCAACAGUAAUUGGAAACUUAUUUGUCAUGGUUGCUAUCGUAAAAGAUAGAAAUCUGAAUAAUCUAAGCAACUAUUUAGUUUUUUCAUUGGCUCUAGCUGACUUGUUGGUAGCUUUAUUGGUUAUGCCAAUAGGUGCUGUAUAUGAGGUGAAAAAGGAAUGGACCAUGGGCGCUGUUUUGUGUGAUAUUUGGACAAUUUGUGAUGUUCUUUGCUGCACUGCAUCUAUACUUCAUUUAUUAGCCAUUGCUAUUGAUAGAUAUUGGGCUGUUACUAAUGUAGACUAUGCUAGAAAUCGCUGCAAGAAAAGAAUUUAUACAGCGAUUGUCUUAGUAUGGGCGAUAUCUUUCACUGUGUCCAUUGCACCUAUAUUUGGUUGGAAAGAUCCUGAUUUCAUAACUAGAAUUGAAAUCGAAAAACGAUGUCUGGUUAGCCAAGAUGUCGGGUAUCAGGUUUUUGCAACGUGCUCAAGCUUUUACGUGCCAUUGGUGAUGAUACUUAUUCUGUACUCACGAAUCUUCCAAGAAGCUCGCAAAAGAAUCAGAAGGAGGCCUGGAGCAGCAAGUCAAGCAAUGCUUUUGGUUCAACGACCACCUCCAGCUCUAACAGACUCAAAGCGCAGUAGUGGAUCACCAACUUCAAGUUUCGAUCCACCUUCGUAUGUCGUUGACACUACAUUAUCGUGCAACGUGACAGAAGCAACGACGGACAGUCACACCACCACAUCCUCAGUAAAUUCAUCGAGUAGUAAACAACCAAAGUGUCAAACUCACAAUGGCCUGGAACACACAAAGUUGCCAUUGACGAGUCAGUCAUCCUCAUCUGGCAGUGGUGCUGUAGGUCGAUUGCUUCACAUUGGAAAGCGCGAGAAAAAGCCAGAAAAUAAUUUGGCUAAAAGAGAAAAGAAAGCUGCCAAGACCUUAGCCAUCAUAACAGGAGUGUUUGUUAUGUGCUGGCUGCCAUUUUUCAUCAUGGCUUUACUAUUGCCUUUAUGUAACGGCUGUGAGCCAAACUUCCCGAUUUUUAGCAUAUUCUUGUGGCUCGGUUAUGCCAACUCUAUGAUCAAUCCUAUUAUCUAUACCAUCUUCAGCCCAGACUUUAGAAGUGCAUUCAGGAAAUUACUGCAGUGUCCUUUUACUGGCUCACAGCAACCUUCAUUGUGAGUUAACAUUUAAUG